AGCCAGGGAUGCUGUGAGUAUGACACGAUGAAUUUCUCUGGCAUUUGGCGAAGCCAGGCCGCAUUUUUCCCACGCUCCCCAUGGCAAUGGAGCGACGUUCGCUCGCCAUGCUGCCCUUGGGGCUUUUUGCGAUCCUCCUUGGGCAGCUGAGCUCGUGGUGCUUCGCUGGCAUUGGGCGAUUGCCUUCAAGGCGUGGGCUGCCGCUGUGUAGCGUAGCCGUCUCGGAGGUCACCACGGAGGUCCGGGGCAAGGAAGGGAGCGAAAGCUAUCGUCGCUACUUCUUCGCCAAGGACCAGGAGAUCUCUCCAUGGCAUGACUUGCCCUUGAGCUCCGAGGUCGAGGGCGAGUACUUCAUGGUUACUGAGAUCCCAAAGAACACAAAGCCCAAGAUGGAGAUUGCCACCAAGGAAUCCAUGAACCCCAUUGCUCAAGACACCAAGAAAGGAAAGCUACGAGAGUAUCACGGCCCCAUCUAUUGGAACUAUGGCUACCUACCCCAGACCUGGGAGGAUCCCCAAGCAGAACAUCCUGAGCUCAAGGUCAAGGGUGACAAUGAUCCGGUAGAUGUGGUGGAGAUCGGCUCUCGAGCGCAUGAGCAAGGUGAGAUUGUCAAGGUGAAGGUGCUCGGGGCCCUGGCCAUGAUCGAUGAUGGCGAGCUGGACUGGAAGAUCCUAGCCAUCGCGACCGAUGACCCCAUGGCCGCCGAGCUGUCUUCCUUGAAGGAUGUGGAAACCAAGCUACCGGGGUAUAUCUCCGGGAUCCGCGAGUGGUUCCGUUGGUACAAGUUGCCCGAUGGGAAGCCGCUCAACAGCUUCGGAUUCGGCGAGCAGCCGCUGGAUGCUCCAGAGGCCAUCAAGGUGAUUGAGGAGACGCAUGGCUUCUGGAAGAAGUUGCGAGAGAAGGGCGACAGCAACCUGUGGGUGGGCUGAGGCUUUCGAGAGUAUAUACUUGAAUUUUGCAGUGGAUAAGGAGUCCAGGUAGUUCUUAAAGGAACAGCAUUUCCAAGUCUUGCGAACGGAAUCUGUGGAAGAGGAGGUCGAUUAGUGGAUUCAUGUGGAGGUGUUCAGCCAGACAUCUUGUUUGUCCAAGGCGCCACCAGGAGCUCCAAAAAGUCAGACAAAGGGUUUGGGGGUCAAAGAGACUCCCACCAUGGUGGGUGGAGGUUCCCAUUUCUUCCGUGAACCAUUCUUUGGGUUUUUAAUUUGAAGACGUUCACCAGCCACUUGACAGAUCCCCGAAGAAGGCUAGUGGCUGCUUAACCUUUUGAAGUUGUUUUGCGUAGCUUAUAGAGACAUCUUUGGAAUGCAAGAUGAAAUAUAGCGUGACUAUCUAUGGAACAGGACUUUGGGAAGGUGUUGGCCAAUAGCUCGCAUGGAGUGCCACCGUCAAUCCCACUUCCCAUCUCUUUCGAUUGGGCCUCUUCUGUGCCUAUCCCGUCUUUCGUGACCUCUCCGCUGCGCCCGCGCCUGGCUGCGGCUUUCGACCGGGGCGCUGCCAAGUUGCCAGUCGUGUCCGGUCGUUGGCGGAGAGCGAGUGCGCAGCUCUCAAAUCGUUGGGUCUUGGACCCUUGGAUCCACUCUGAGUACCCUGGGC